AUGUCGAUAUCUUCCAUGCUGGGCACUGAGCCUGAAAGAGCCACCCACGAGCAAUAUCCACAAAACCUCCAUUCCCGCACAUCUUCUCGGCAACCUUCGAUAUCAGGUCCGCCCAUGUCUCUGGGCGCCGUAAUGUCACCUCCUCAGUACCCUUCUAAACCCAGUAUCGGAGACUACUCAUGGAAAAACCGGUCAAAGACGCCUGACCGCAGCGCUGGAUCAAGUUUGGGGCCAAGGACCCACCGUUCGAGCUCGGGCACCAUGACACAGCGUCCUGGCUCGCUCUAUGAGCCUCCUCCAAGGUCAGGGCCGGGUGCAUAUCCUGAGCCGAGAUAUACUCCUCCUUUUGGCUCGGCGCCGGCGCCUAAGGAUGAAUAUGAAGACCGUACCCGGCGGACAAGCAUUAGCGGCAUCCUGCAGAGUCUACAGCAGAGACCCGAAAGUCAGCCUCAACCAAGCACGGCGACAACGUUCCAACCGUACUCCAACCCGCCAGCGCGUCCAGAAAGCAAUCCAACGUCUAUGGGCCAUGGCGAUAGACCACCUCACUCCGCCCCGAACGGCCCUGACCAUUACCGCCCACACGGCUUGAUUGGAACAUACGACACCCGUCCUCCGAGCCAGCCUCCUGGGCAACGAUAUUCACAAAAUGUGCCGCCGCCUCAAUCCGCGUCGACUUCAGACCGAGCCCUGCCACAAUCCUUGUCGCCGGAAUUGCGCCGCCCACAGCCGCACCUCAGUGAGAACCGCGGUCUAGCUGGGCUUCUACAUCAAUCUUCCGAGUCUGCUUAUGGAGCCCAGAAUAUGGCAAGACAAGAUUCGGUACAGUCACAGAGCGACCGAUCGGUCUUUGGCGAUCGGCUACGUGGAACCCGCCCUUAUUCACCCUUCGCGGGUUCCGUAGCCUCACAAACAGCACUGGACGAUCAACUCCGCAAAGGCAGUGAUGAAUUGUCACAGCACCGAGCCAUCCUCGGACUGGCCAACGAGUCGAAACGAGGAAGGUACUCGCCACUACCCCAGGCAGUACAAGGUGCUCAAGCACAGACCCCUCAGCCGGAUGCUGGCAUCAAAACGGAGCAUGGUAGAGUCUUUUCUGGUAUUGGCAGCGGGCUGGGCUCUGCGCAAACACCAACGCCUCAACCGGCGUCAGCUACUCCAUCCAAGAGGGAUGAAGGAGGAAGUCGCUUAAGUGAGGAAAACCUGAUGAAGAUGUCGCGAAGCACUUCAGGCAUCACCAAGCGGAAUCGUAAGAACUUUGACGAAGAUGUUCGGGCCGAGAGUGACAUGGGCGACAUCAAGAAAACCGGGCUUGGUCGGGGGAAAAGGGCCAAAUACCAGCAUUCCUACAAAACGGAGGUGGAAGAUUCUACAACUGGGAACCGGAGGAACGGGGCUCUUGCUCCUUCGAACCAGCAUCGACGUGCUCCCACCCCGACGUCCAACCCAUCACAGCCUCAGCAAUCCCAUGAUAAUCACCCUCAGCGCCAGCUCCCGACAGCGGACAACACUCCUAUCCACCGGUUUAGAAGGACCAUCCGGAUAUUUUCUGUCGUGGCCCUUGCGCGACGGAAUCCACGCCGCCAUCUCGGAUUCUUCAACUAUGACCCGCAGGUGGGGCCUAUUGACAUAGAGAAGCCCAGCAGUCCCAAAUUCGAUAUCGCGAUCCGACCGAACCUUCUUCCCUCUUUCACCGACGCAGAACAUGUCAAUUGUACCUACACAGUUCGCGUGCCCCGCAUAUGGCUGCGAGAACGAGAGAGAUUUCUGAUCUGCCAGGAACGGUACCUCUGGGGUUCUGGUAUCUAUACGGACGAUUCAGACCCGGUGGCAGCAGCAAUGCAUUCUGGAUUCAUUGCUUCUGUGUACCCGCCUGGCAUUGACGAGGCUCUUUUGCAGAAGGUGAUUGACGAGCAAACCCCCGUGAUUGAAGGUAGCCCAGCGCCCAAAAAACCGAUGCCGGUGGACGAGAACAAAGAUUUACAUAUCACGUUACUCGUCCUGCCACAAUUAGAGCGAUAUGUGGACAGUGUCCGGUUCGGCAUCAAAUCCAGGAGCUGGCCUGAUGGCUCGGAGUCCCCAGCAUCAAACAUGCCUCGGUCCGGUUCAUCGAACUCAAACAACAACAGCAAAUCCCCUAAAACACCUCAUGAUGGCGUGAGCUUCAUGGUCUUGAAAGUCGAAUUUGUCGAUGACGGGGCCGAGGUCAAGAGGAUAGGCCGAACCGGCAAGGAGAGGAGAGAGAGGCUGUACCGAGAACUGCUAGAGCGGAAGAGAAGCCUUGAGCUGGAAAAGAAGAAGCUCGAUACAUUGGCCGACAAAGCGAGAAAGCAAAAGGAAGGUGGAGCUGAUGGUUCAAAGCCAGGAAGCAAGUCCUCAGGCAAUGAAACAGGCCCGGCUGGCGACUCCGCAGCGCAAGCUAAAUCGCGACACCGGGGCAAGGGAAACCAUGACCAACCGCAGCGCAACAAUAAUACCGACGGGAACGACGACAAAAGGGACGACAAAAGGGACGAUGAUAUGAAGUUGGAUGUAGGCCAAAGCCCCGGCGAUUGGAUCCGACAGCUUGCUGUUGCUGCUGCGUGA